AUGCUGCAGCCAUUGAUGCGCUCCUGUAAUGCUGAUGUUGUUGAUACCAAACAGAAAAUCAAUGGACAUCUGUAUCAUGCUCUAAUGACGGGCGACAAGAAGAAGGUCGCAGAUCUCUGCCAAAGAAUUCCUGAUCAUGCGUUGCACGUAAUAACAGUAAAUGAUGAUACGGUACUCCACAUGGCUACAUACGCCAAAGAAGCAACCUUGGUGGAAAAAUUGCUAGAUGAGUUGCCUGAUCAUCAUGUCGACAAGUUGACCCGCCAAAAUCGUGUAGGAAACACAAUCCUCCAUGAGACUGCCACUAGCAACCACGCAGUUGCUGUUGCAGAUAAACUGCUAAAGAGAGCCCCCGGAUUGUUGGGCAUGCGAAACCACAACGGGGAGACAGCUCUCUUCCGUGCAGCCCGGUACGGUAAAACCGAUAUGUUCAACACUCUUGCUGCUAAAGUCUCUGCAUAUGAUGAAGACAGUCUGCAAUUUUAUGUUCAGAGAAGUGAUAAAACCACCAUCCUUCACAUUGCAAUUCUCUCUGAGCACUUCGAGUUGGCACGCCAAAUUGCAUUCGAGUACAAGCAUUUAAUUGGUGAAAAAGACUGCGACGGAAUGACGAGUCUUCAACUUCUCUCAUGCAACCCAUCAGCUUUUAAACAAGAGCCUGAAGACGGAUUCAUUAAGUUAGCAAAAUCUUGUUGCAGUAAAGCUUGGUGGGAGAAGGUUCAAAGCCAAAAACAUAAAUAUAAAUCAGCUGUGGACCUUGCCAAGCUUUUAGCUAGAAAUGAUACCUCAUGGGAAGUUACUUACUCUAGCAUCGACCAGAGCAAGCCUAAAAUACACAGAUAUGGAGAGAUGGGUGGCCAAGAAGGAUUGUCUUUGUCUGCUAGAAUUCCUGAGAGAAUGGAUGAUGUUGGAGAAACUCCUUUGAUUUUAGCUACUAAGUCAGGCAUUGUGGAGAUUGUGGAAGAAAUACUCAGACUUUACCCUCAAGCAGUUGAACAUGUUGAUGACGAAGGUCGCAAUGUAUUGCAUGUAGCAAUCAAAUAUCGUGAGUUAAAGAUUUUCGAGCUUGUGAAGAAAAUGGAAGUGCCUAUGAAGAGGCUGGUAAGAAAGAUCGAUAAUGAUGGGAAUUCUAUUCUGCACACUGUUGGAAUAAAGAGGAAGGAUUUUGUUUCUGAGAGGAUGGAAGGCCCUGCAUUCCUAUUACAAGAGGAGUUGCUAUGGUUUGAGCGAGUGGAAAAGAUCACUCCACCUCAUUUCCUGAACCACCAGAACAAUCAGAAGCUCUCUGCAGAAGGGUUUUUUAUUACUGCAAACUCUGAACUUCGUAGCACGGCGAAAGAUUGGAUGAAGAGCACAGCAGAAGGAUCCUCAGUUGUGGCAGUUCUCAUUGCUACAGUUGCCUUUGCAGCAGCCUACACAGUUCCAGGAGGUCCAAAUCAGAGCACUGGUGUUCCUGUCCUCAAAAUCAAAGGAGACUUGUACUAUGCACUGAUGACUGGAGACAAGAAGAGAGUUGCAGAACUUUGCCAAAAAAUCCAGGAUCAUGCGUUGCACAUAAUAACAGUAAAAGAUGAUACUGUACUUCACAUGGCUACAUAUGCGAAAGAAGCAGCCUUGGUAGAAAAAUUACUCGAUGAGUUACCUGACCAUCAUCUCAACAAGUUGACUCGCCAAAAUCGUGUAGGAAACACAAUACUCCAUAAGACUGCCACAAGCAACCAUGCUGUUGCUAUUGCAGAUAAACUGCUAAAGAGAGCCCCCGGAUUGUUAGGCAUGCGCAACCACAAUGGGGAGACAGCUCUCUUUCGUGCAGUCAGGUACGGUAAACCUGAUAUGUUUAAGUUCCUGGCUGCUAAAGUCUCUGGAUAUGACGAAGCCGGUCUGCAAUUUUAUGUCCAGAGAAGUGAUAAAACCACUAUCCUUCACAUGGCCAUUCUUUCUCGUCAUUUUGCUAAAUCAUGUGGAAAUUCAGCUUGGAAGGAGAAGGUUCAAAAGCAAAAACAACAAUACAAAUCAGCUGUGGAGCUUGCCGAGUUUUUAGUCAGGAAAGAUACCUCCUGGGAGCUUACAUAUCCUAGCAUCGACCGGAGCAAGCCUAAAAUUCAUAAAUAUGGAGAGAAGGGAGGCCAAGAACGGCAGGAAGUGCUGUUGUCUAACAGGAUUCUAGACCAAAUGGAGGGUGUCGGAGAAACUCCUUUGAUUUUGGCUACAAAGUCAGGCUGUGUGGAGAUUGUUGAACAAAUACUAAAACUGUAUCCCCAGGCAGUUGAACAUAUUGAUGAUGAUGGGCGCAAUGUACUGCAUGUAGCAAUCAAAUACCGCCAAUUGAAUAUUUUUUACCUUGUGACAGGAAUGGAAGUACCCAUGAAGAGGCUGGCAAGGAGGAUUGAUAACGACGGGAAUUCCAUUCUGCACACCGUCGCACUAAAAAGAAAGGAUUUUGUAUCCGAUGAGAAGAUGGAAGGCCCUGCAUUCCUAUUACAGGAAGAGUUACUCUGGUUUGAGAAUGCAGCGCGUGGAAAGAGUCACUCCAUCCCAUUUCCUGAAUCAUCAGAACAAUAUGAAGCUCACUGCAGAAGGGUUUUUCAUUACUGCAAAUCAUGA